CUCCUAUCGUUUCUGCCCUGGAGUAACUGGUCACUGUGCAGAGAUAAGGCGUCCCGUUUUGGAGGACCUGCACUAAAUAAUGAGGACAAACUGGUUGUGAGACACUUCAAGCAUUAGCCGUGCGUCAAAUGAUGGAGGUGCAGGACCAGGAAUCCUUGGGUAGGUGGGACAGGCUGGGCAGCCGGGACCUCAGCACCAGACUCGAAGCGAUGGAGAUCAUUUCCCAGGAGGUGACAAGGAAAGUGGAGGCCAUCGGACCUCUGACAUCGUCGCCCCCGGCAACUGGGACUGUGCUCAGCAGUGAUCUGAAUGACAUCUUGGCUCAUCUUCUUAUGCUCUCCAAACGGUGUCCUUUUGAAGAUGUGAGAGAGAGGUGCAUUCAGCUCCUUCAGGAGGUCCAGGACUUGGGGGUAAGAAUCCCAAGACCCCUAGGAAACGGACCGAGCAGAUUCAUCCCUGAAAAAGAGAUUCUUCAAGUCAGUAAAGUGGACUCCAGGACGCAGUCGAUAUUUGAGGAUGCAUUUGCAGCCCUUGGUCGCCUGGACAACAUCUCCCUCGUGAUGGGCUUCCACCCUCAGUACCUGGAGAGCUUCCUCCGAACGCAGCACUACCUGCUGCAGAUGGACGGACCUCUUCCUUUGCACUACAGACACUAUAUCGGCAUCAUGGCGGCGGCGAGACAUCAGUGUUCCUAUUUGGUCAACCUACACGUGAAUGACUUCCUCCAGGUUGGCGGGGACGCUAAGUGGUUGAACGGUCUGGGUGAAGCUCCGCAAAAGCUGCAGCAGCUUGGAGAACUCAACAAAAUCCUGGCUCACCGUCCUUGGCUUAUCACCAAGGAACACAUGGAGGCUCUUCUAAAGGCGGAGGAGCACAGCUGGUCCCUGGCGGAGCUGAUCCACGCCGUGGUUCUGCUCACACACUACCACUCCCUCGCCUCCUUCACCUUCGGCUGCGGCAUCACGCCGGAGAUCCACUGCGACGGUGGCCACACGUUCAGACCGCCCUCGCUCAGCCAGUACUGCGUGUGCGACAUUGCAAACGGGAACGGCCACGCCAAUCAGCACGACGAUCAGCUGGACGAUCAGGACAUGUGUGGGGAGGUGGAGGUGCUGAUGGAGAGGAUGAAGCAGCUGCAGGAGUGUCGCGAUGACGAGGAGGCGAGCCAGGAGGAGAUGGCGACCCGCUUUGAGAGGGAGAAGACUGAGAGCAUGCUGGUGGUCACAUCAGAGGAUGAGGAGUGCGUUCCAUCCAGAGACAUCUCCCGCCACUUUGAGGACCCCAGCUACGGCUACAAGGACUUCUCCCGCCGGGGGGAGCAUGUGCCAACAUUCAGAGCACAGGACUACAGCUGGGAGGACCACGGUUACUCACUCGUCAACAGACUUUAUCCCGACGUCGGGCAGAUGCUGGAUGAGAAGUUUCAGAUGGCCUACAAUCUGACAUACAACACCAUGGCAACGCACAAGGAUGUGGACACCAGCAUGCUGCGUAGAGCCAUCUGGAACUACAUCCACUGCAUGUUUGGCAUCAGGUAUGACGACUAUGAUUACGGGGAGAUAAACCAGCUUUUGGACCGUAGCUUUAAGAUCUAUAUUAAAACCAUGGUGUGCAGCCCUGAAAAGACCACCAAACGAAUGUAUGAGAGUUUCUGGAGGCAGUUUCAGCACUCCGAGAAGGUCCACGUUAAUUUGCUUCUUAUGGAAGCACGGAUGCAAGCAGAACUGUUAUACGCUCUGAGAGCGAUCACACGCUACAUGACAUGAAGUGCUUUUGCUGUUUUUUUUAUUGUCCUUUUACUGUCGUUGUUGUAUACUGGGACACAUAGAGACACAAACUUAAAAAAAAGAAAAAGAGGACAGGGGGAAUUCAACAAAAAUGUGGAAAACAGCCUUGUUAGUUGGAUGUUGAGGAGGAUCAGAACAAAAUGGCAAGCAAGAAAAAAAAAACCCAAUCUGCUGUGGAAACGUCAUCUCAAGACUACAAGUGGACGCACAUUCAGCGGCUCUGCCUGCAGUGCCAAAGCUGACCAAGAGGUGACAGCCUGGAGCAAGCUCCUGUCCUGCUGAAGGGGUUUUAAGCCAGGCCUGACCAUCAACGAGAGACACCCUGGACUGCAUUUCAGUAUUCCACAAUGUCGCGGACUGGUUUCCAAUUUCACAUGUCUCCCUGUUGAACCCUGAGAACCCCCCCCCCCUCCCUUAAGAAAAAAAAAAAGAAGCAAGCUGUGCAGCCAGAAAGCCUGCACUGAUUCUCACUGUUUCAUGUGUUUCUUUUCUUAUCUUUUUAUUUCAUAUGUGGAUGUUUUUGUGGAAACUGGAGAUGGACACGUUAACUCAAGGCAGUGUUUUUUUUUUCUUCCUCUUUUAAACGUGUGCCUGAACUAUCCAGCACAGAGUACACAUGUGCUGAUGCUGCUGCUCCCAAGUUGGAUUUUUUUUUUUUUUUUUUUUGUGGGAUCAUAUUGAUCCCCAAAUACCCCCACCCCCCAAUCCCUUUAUACAAGCCCCUGUCCACUUCAAAUCCAUCGCAUUACCUCCCAUUCACCCUUCCCACAUCCCAAAUGUUCGUGUAAGCUAAUCCGAGGAGUGUGAAACCAUAGAGAUGUUUAGAAAAACUCAUUGAACACUGUCUGAGGCUUUGUGUUUGACUGUCAAAAUGUGAAUGGGACAAAUGUGUGUUUGUGUGUGCGCGUGUGUGUAGGAAGUAAAGAAAGGUAGAAUACGUAUUGGAAUUUCAUGUGUCAAAUAAGUGAGGCAGUUUAAAGGGAGGUCUUCCUGAGUCUCCUGUAGCUUUGUUUUUGUGGGAUUUUAUUUUGUGUGUGUAAGAGGCGGGUUUUCAAUCAAAAAAAAAAAAACCACCCAGGUUCUCCUGUAGGGAUUGGCUUCUGUUUGCUGUGACCACACCGUGUUCGUCUUCCGCUCUUCCCAGCUGCCUGUUGGCCCUCACACUUUCAAAAAGCUUUUGAUUUGUGAAUUUUACAAGUAAACGAAUACCUCUUCUGUU